UUGACGUGCUGACGCCACGACGCCCCGGCCGGUGUGUGUCCGGGUGUGUGUGUGUGUGUGAGUGUGUGAGUGUGCGCGUUCCGAGUGUGUGUGUAUUUGUGUAUCGGCGGUCCCGCAGGUCCCGGAUGUUGCGGACAGUAUGAGGCGAGCGCAGGGGGACGGGGACCAGCAGCUGUCGCCGCCGCUCUGAGAGAUUUCCUGUUAGACAAGACAGAUUGGUCUUCCUACUACUGACUUAACUUGGGUGAAGAGAAAACAGAAAUCUUUGUCCUCUGACUUUGGAAAUCUUGUUUAACCUUCAAACUGGCGAUGUCAAGGGUUCCAAGUCCUCCACCUCCGGCAGAAAUGUCGAGUGGCCCUGUAGCUGAGAGCUGGUGCUACACACAGAUCAAGGUAGUGAAAUUCUCCUACAUGUGGACCAUCAAUAACUUUAGCUUUUGCCGGGAGGAAAUGGGUGAAGUCAUUAAAAGCUCAACCUUUUCAUCAGGAGCCAAUGAUAAACUGAAAUGGUGUUUGAGAGUAAACCCAAAAGGGUUAGAUGAAGAAAGCAAAGAUUACCUGUCACUUUACCUGUUACUGGUUAGCUGUCCAAAGAGUGAAGUUCGGGCAAAAUUCAAAUUCUCCAUCCUGAAUGCCAAGGGAGAAGAAACCAAAGCUAUGGAGAGUCAACGGGCAUAUAGGUUUGUGCAAGGCAAAGACUGGGGAUUCAAAAAAUUCAUCCGUAGAGAUUUUCUCUUGGAUGAAGCCAACGGGCUUCUCCCUGAUGACAAGCUUACCCUCUUCUGUGAGGUGAGUGUGGUGCAAGAUUCCGUCAACAUUUCUGGCCAGAAUACCAUGAAUAUGGUGAAGGUUCCCGAGUGCCGGUUGGCAGAUGAGUUAGGAGGACUUUGGGAGAAUUCCCGGUUCACAGACUGUUGUUUGUGUGUUGCUGGCCAGGAAUUCCAGGCUCACAAAGCUAUCUUAGCAGCUCGUUCUCCAGUUUUUAGUGCCAUGUUUGAACAUGAAAUGGAGGAGAGCAAAAAGAAUCGGGUUGAAAUCAAUGAUGUGGAGCCUGAAGUUUUUAAGGAAAUGAUGUGCUUCAUUUACACGGGGAAAGCUCCAAACCUGGACAAAAUGGCUGAUGAUUUGCUGGCAGCUGCUGACAAGCAGUCACUUGGUGCUUACACACAGGCGUUUAUCUUCCUCUCAUCUUCUAGCUCCCAUAAAGGUGAGUAGCAUUGAAAGGCCCACUUUUUAGACAGAAAUACUAAGGCUCAGAGUUGUAUAUUCUUAGAGCCAGGGUUAGACAUAUGUGUCCCUGGGUUUUCAUUUCUGCUCCUCAACCAGAGAACUUACUGGGCACUCACUACUAUAAGAGCUCAGAGCAUAGGGAUCAGCCUGAAGUGACAUUCUAAGAAUGGUAUUUUCGGUACAUUGUGUUAAGCUGGGAUUUUAAAAGCUAAAGCAGUUGAAUCACAGCAAUACUUUAAAUUUAUGAAUGAGAAAUAACUGAAGGGUGUGUUUUCAAAUUCCAUUCAGAAUUUCCCAUUAGACACUCCUUGCUUCAAGCUUAUUGGAAAAUAUUCUUACCUUUAUACCUCCUUGUAAGCGUCAGGAAAACAGAAUAAGAAAUCUUUCAUGGAAGGAUCUAGACCUCUAGAAUUUACCCAAGAGACUGCAACAGCUUCUUCUGAGCUUUCCCAGUCUCCUGGGGACAUGUGUAAUUAGACCAAAAACAAAACAAAACACGUUGGCCAGGCCGGGAGACACAAUUUCAAUCUCUCGGGUAAGUACUGCCAUUAGGCAGGUUUUUCAGAAGUAUAAUUAAGAAAAAAACUUGGUCCCCCAAGGGACAGCAGUGGCUACUUUUGUCUAAUUAUGCAGUAGGGAUCAGAGCUAUUCACAGCAAAAGUCCUUUUAAAAGAAAGUAUUGAGAAAGGAUAAGAGGAAUAUUCUGUGCAGCACUGUGUAAAAACUGAACAUUUACCAAACCUUUCCCAGCCUUUUAAAACAAAAACCUAAUUUCUUGCUUGUCUAGUGUCAUUCCUGUUUUCCAUGGAAACUGUUUUCCAGUUACUCAAAUGUAAAAAUUAAAGCUGUACCAAAACCAAUAAAAUUCUCUUUUUGCUGCAGGAGAUCAAAGUGCCAGCAGAUAUGCCUCCUCACCCAGAAUUCAUAAAAAUAAAAUUGGCCUGGUUUGAUGGCCAUGAUUCAGCUUAGAGGAAUAUUAUGCCACUGAGUUCUGAGGCUCCUUAAGAUGGGACCUGUAGGGAGACUGGAGACCCCCAACCAAACCCCUUUCCUGUGAACUGAUGAAUGACAUUUUAUUUUGUGCCUCCUUUUUAUGCCUUCCUCCUCCUUGUCCUUGAAGUUCCUUAGUAAGUUCAUAAUCUCAUAUUUGAGAGCAAGGAGUACAGUUGCGUCAAAACAAAUCAACUAAAUGAAAUGUGCCCAAUAUUAACCUAGACUUUCAUUUACAAAAUAUUUAUACCCUUUACUUGGAAGAAGUUUUAGACUGAAACUGGAUCCCAGGGUCUUUGUUGCUUUGUUUUUCUACCCUGAGAAUCUUAACCUCAACCCCAAUAAAAUAGGACUCCAUUUACCCUCUGUUUGAAAGGAGGCUGGGGUUGACCCUCAUUCAGGAACAGCUCGUGGCAGAGAUGCUGGUGAAAGCACCACAGGCUCCUUUCCACAGCCCAGUGGGCCAGUCAGGAUAUCCUGCCAGGCCGGUGACCGUGCUUCACCCUAGAGCGGCUCCGAAUGAAAGGACUGCAGACACUGAACAUGUCAUGUCCCUGGUGACCCGAAGCAGAGUGAUCUGUCAUUGUGAGGGUAGGGAGUGAUGGUUUAAGAAACACUUGAAUAAUAUCGGGACAGGGUAAACGUGAGGAUGUGGGUCUAUUUCAUAAUUGCCCUUUUUCUCCUAGGUACACUGUAGAACUGGAGUGGUAGGUAUGCACGUUAUUUUAGCUGUCUUCAUCUCAGCAUUUGGAGUAUGGUUAUGUUUUACAAUUACAGUCGUAGCCUUCUCACUGAAUGCGCGAUUUGUUCAUGUCUCCGUUA